AUGGAGACGGUGGAAUCAAUAUCAUACUCAGGCUUCCCAGUGGAAGCUGGACGCAAUGACCCCUUUCCCCUGGAGGAGGAUCCUGACAACCCAAGGUUCCCGGUGGCUGAGCCGCACUUCUCCUGGAUGGAAGCGGGGGAUGAGCUGCAGCUGCCAGACACGGGGGAGAGGCAGGAGCUGACCGUUGUCCAAGCAGGCUCUGACUCACCAAGUGAGGAGGGGGAAGAGGAGGAAGUGGGGGAGGAUGUAGACGAUGAAGAGGCCGCCUUAGCAGAGAGCUAUGAUUGGUCCCGUGUGUCAUCGGAGGAGAAGAACACCGAAUUUGUUGCCCCACAGGGUCCGGACCCUCGUCCGUUCCGUUGCUCAGAAUGCGGUAAGGGAUUUGCCCUAAGUUCGAACUUGGUGAAGCAUCAGCGGAUUCACACAGGGGAGCGCCCGUACCGGUGCCCCGAAUGCGGCCGUGGGUUCAGCUGGAGCUCAUCGCUAGCGGAGCACCUCAAGGCGCACGGAGGGCGCCGACCCCACGCGUGUGGCGAGUGCGGGAAGCGCUUUGCCCGUGGCUCGACACUGGCUGAGCAUCAGCGGGUGCACACGGGAGAGAAACCCUUCCGGUGCCACCAGUGUGAGGCCCGUUUCUCACAGAGUUCCACCCUGGCGCACCACCUGCGCACACACUCGGGCGAACGCCCCCACGCCUGCCCCGACUGCGGAAAGCGCUUUGGACGCAAGUCCACUCUCGUCACACACCAGCGGACUCACACCGGCGAGAAGCCUUACUGCUGCAGGGAGUGCGGCCGCUGCUUCAGCGUCAGCUCUGACCUCGCAAAGCAUGUGCGCAACCACUGCGCUAACAGGGGUGCUUGGGGAAACAGUGCGGCAGACUUGCACCCCUCUGCUCCACUUCCGGCGGCGCAUCAGCAGGUUGUCAGAACUUCCCCCGAGGGCUCGGAACUCGCUGGGCAUCAUCAGGAUCCCACAGAUGGAGAGGGAGAAGAAACAUUUGUGUGCCCUGAGUGCGGGGAGGGAUUCAGCCAGUGUCCUGCCCUCGCUGCCCAUCGGAGGACUCAUUCGAUCGAAGUCUCUGACAACUGCCCUCAACGCGGAGAAACCUUCCCCGAUAAGUCGGAACUGGAGGUCCAUCUGGCAGGCCACGGUGCAGAAGAGAAGCCCCACAAAUGCCCGGACUGUCACGCUUGCUUCUCUGAAAGCUCCGCUCUCAAGAUACACCAGCGAGUACACCGCGGAGAGGUAUCCCACUACUGCCACCUAUGCGGAAAGAACUUCCCCAGCAGUUCUGACUUGGAGCGGCACCAAGGCAGCCACAGUGGGCCGGGGGAGCCCUUGGAGAGUUUUAGGACUGGCUUCGCUGAGACGGCUGCUGUAAUCACAGCCCCAUUGAGUGAGGAGUCUCACGACUGCCUCGAGUGUGGGCAAGUGUUUCCUGAGAGUGAAGAGCUGACCCUUCACCGGUUGAGCCACCUUGACAAGGCCAGCGAGGAAGAGAAGCCAUACAAAUGCUCCGUCUGCGGUGCUUGUUUCUCCGAGAGCACGGAUCUCGUGAUGCACAAGCUGGGCCACAGGGCAGGCAAAAGGGCCCGCCGGGAUGGCGAAACGUUCCCCGCUAACUCCGAGCUUGUGGCUCUCCCGGCAGAAGCUGCGUUGGACAAGCCGUACUCUUGCACAGCCUGUGGCAAGACCUUUGCCCUCUUCGCCACGUUGGCAGCACACGAGCGCAUCCACAUGUCGGACGAUGCCGCCUACCGCUGCCCGACGUGCGGCGAACGCUUUCCCGACAGCGGCAAGCUCGGGAGGCACCAAAGACGCCACUUGGGUGAAGAGCGGCCGUUCCGGUGCCCACUGUGCGGCAAGGGCUUCGUGCUCCUUUCGGGGCUGCGGCAGCAUCAACGGGACCCUCCGGCCCGCUGCCCUCAGUGUGGGGAGAGCUUUGUGUGGCGCUGCCGGCUGACCGAACACCGACGCAGCUGCCACCCGGCGGAACGCCCCUACAAAUGCCCAGAGUGCGGCAAGGGCUUUGCCCAGAGUUCAAAGCUCCUGCGGCAUCAGGUGACCCACACCGGCGAGAAGCCAUUCAAGUGCCCCGAAUGCGGCAAAAUCUUCAGCCAGAGCUCCAACCUGGCCGAACACCGCCGCACACAUGCGCCCGGCAAGGCCCACCGCUGUGCCGUCUGUGGCAAGGCUUUUGCCCUGGGCUCCUACUUAGCGAAGCAUCAAGCCACCCACACAGGCGCCCGCCCUUUCCGGUGCACCGAGUGCGGCAAGGGCUUCCGGCAAAGCUCCAACCUCAUCCAGCACCAGCGGACGCACACGGGAGAGAGACCCUACGUCUGCGCCUCCUGCGGCAAAACUUUCACCCAGAACUCACAUCUGGUCAAGCACCUGCGCGUUCACACGGCUGAAAGGCCUUACCGCUGCCCAGUCUGCGGCAAGAGCUUCCGGCAGCGGGGUAACCUGGCUGAACAUCAGCACCAGCACGCCGGCACCCGCCCGUACGUCUGUGGCGCUUGUGGGAAAUCCUUCCGGUGGAGUUCAGCUUUCUCCAAACACCAGCGCACCCACCUUACUCCCUGACAUGUGGUUUUUAGACUCUGACUCUAUGGUGGGGGUGGUGGGGAGCAGAAGGUUUCUCCAAUGUAGUUGGCCUUUUGCAAACACCAAAAAACCUUUGCUUCCUCUGUCGCGAUUACAUUUGGCCAAACAAGCAAUCCUUCUUGUGGAGUCUGGCCAUCUUUGACUUAUCCCAGAAAGUCCUUCCAAUGAAACUCUGUGU